AUGCAAGAAAACCCUCUAUAUGAAAAAUUUAGAGACAAGGGACUUCCGUUUGCUCACCAACUCACCACACUUUUCAAGGAUGUAGUGGCUAAUGGAGAGUAUGCAUGGACACCACCGAGUGGAAUAUUACCUAAGGUUCAUUCAGGUAAUGAUGAUAAUGAUAAAGACGUUGGCUUGGAUAUGGAAGAAGGUUCAGGUGAUAGUGAAGAUGCAAGUGUUGGAGCAACAUUUGAAUAUGCAAAUAUUAAUUUGAAUACUUCAAAAGGAUGUGUUAGCGAAAGUAGUGGACAAAAGAGAAAGAGAACAAGUGGUGUUGAAAAGAAAGGAAAGAAAAAAGUAACUCCUUCAUCAACAAUAGCUGAUGCUGUUAAUGUAAUUGCAGAGACUUGUAAGUCACAAAAUGAGGCCACAACUAAUUUCUCUAUUGGUGAAGUGAUGGGUGAGAUCCAAAACAUGGACGAAGUUACAAAUGAUUUAGAAUUUCAUACAAAGUGUUGUCAACUACUGAUGUUUAAGCCAGCACGUGAGAUGUUUGUAUCAUAGCGAGGUUUUGAGGAUAGGAGGUUGAAUUGGCUUAAGUUUGCAGCAAAUAACCCUAUGCCAUUUAUGAAGACGUGAUGGAUCUAGUUUAUUCUUAUGGCUUUGAAAUUUUAAUGAAGUUAUGUUAUAUGGUUGCAGUAACAUAUGGUUCUAUGUUUAUGUAUUAUGGUUUUUAAAUUUGAAUGAAGUUAUGUUAUAUGGUAUGUUUAUGUACUAUGGAUUUGAAAUUUCAAUGAAUUGUCAUAGUU